AUGGAAGAAGUGGAUUUGGAGGUGGAGGUUGAGGUGGAGGAGGUGGAGGUUGAGGUGGAGGAGGUGGAGUCGGAGGAAGAGGAGUUGGAAGAGGAGGAGUUGGAGGUGGAGGAGGUGGAGUCGGAGGAAGAGGAGGAGUUGGAGGAGGACGUGGAGUUGGAGGAGGAGAAAGCAGAGGAGGAGGACGAGGGGUACCUAUCUCCCUCCUCCUCCUCCUCCUCCCCUUCCUCCCUGUCCUCCUCCUGCUCUGUCCUCCUUCUGGUCCCCCUGGAGGAGGGGUCUGCUGCUGCCGGGUCCCCGAGUCCUCCCCAGAGCCCUCGGAGCUCCUGCCCCUCCCCCAGUGCCAUGGCAGGCGCUUCGGGGAGCCAGUCCCACCAGGGCUCCAGCAGCCCCGAUGAGGAGGGGUCGAGCACCUGGGGGGCCCCGGCAGGGGCCCAGGCCUCGCUCCCAGAUGCGCUCCGCGUGAAGGUGGCCGGCCUGGUGCUGCUUCUGCUCCUCAAGUAUCGCACCAAGCAGCCGACCACAUGGGCGGAGAUGCUGGCGGCGGUUAGCCAAGAUGACCAAGACAGCUUCCCCGUGAUCUUCCGCCGAGCCUGCGACCUCCUGGCGCUGGUCCUGUGGGUGAUCCUCCUGGAGGACGACCGUGCCCCUGAGGAGGCGGUGUGGGAAGCGCUGGGGGUCAUGGGGGUGUAUGCCGGCAGGGAGCACGUAUUCUAUGGGGAGCCCAGGGAGCUGCUGACCGAAGUCUGGGUGCAGGAAGGGUACCUGGAGUACCGGCAGGUGCCCGGCAGCGAGCCCACACGCUACGAGUUCCUGUGGGGUCCCAGGGCCCACGCAGAAACCAGCGGCGUGCAAGUGCUGCAGCACAUCCUCGCGGUCAACAGCAGGCAGCCCGGGUCUCCGUGUCUGUCCGAAGAGGCUGUGAGCCAUGAGGAAGAGCGGGCCUGAGCCCGAGGGGCAGCCGGGCCCGUUCCCACCUGGGGUCGAGCAGCUUCUCCUGCGGGGCACGAAGCCAGGCCACUUCUCCCCUGCGAGUGCGAGCAGAGCGGGCGCUGGGCGUUAAGGUUUCGUGAGCUUCGGGCUCAGUGUGGGAGUGGCACCCACGCCACAGGUGUUCAAGAGUCAGAGUUGUGCCGUUUGGUGCAACGAGCUGGGAACCCUUCCGUCCUCGUUCGGGAUCCAGAAGGGAAUCGCGGUGCCUGGGCUGGGCACAGACAGGGAUGUCUUGCAAACGUGAAGACCUUGGCAGUAAACGGAUGGUUUCAGGGCAUGGAGCAAUAAAAGAUGUUCGUUCUUG